AUGGAGGAGGAAGGUUCUCUGCUGCAGAGCCUGUCUGCUGGCUUGGGAAGGGAGGAUGGUCUCUACCCCACCUGGGUGGUGAUCACGCUGGCUGCCAUCCUCAUCGUCACCAUCGCUGUGGACAUCCUGGGCAACCUCCUGGUGGUUGUCUCAGUCUUCAAGAACAAGAACCUGAGAAAAGCAGGCAAUGCCUUUGUGGUGAGCUUGGCCAUUGCAGACCUACUAGUGGCGUUUUACCCUUAUCCCCUGGUCCUGAUGGCCAUUUUCCAUGAUGGCUGGGUGAUGGGAUACCUCCACUGCCAGGUCAGCGGCUUCCUGAUGGGCAUCAGCGUUAUCGGCUCCAUCUUCAACAUCACUGGCAUUGCCAUUAACCGCUACUGCUACAUCUGCCACAGCCUGAAGUACGACAAGCUUUUCUCGGGCGCCAACACCGUGUGCUACGUGGGGCUGGUCUGGGCACUCACCCUGCUGGCCAUCGUGCCAAACCUCUUUGUGGAGUCCCUGCAGUACGACCCGCGAGUGUACUCCUGCACUUUUGCCCAGUCCGUCAGCGCCCUCUACACCAUCGCCGUGGUGGUCAUCCAUUUCUUCCUACCCAUCACCAUCGUCAGCUACUGCUACCUGCGGAUUUGGGUGCUGGUCAUCCAGGUGCGGCGCAGGGUCAAGCCGGACACGCAGCCCAAAAUCAAGUCCCACGAUUUCUGGAACUUCCUGACCAUGUUCGUGGUCUUUGUGCUCUUCGCUGUCUGCUGGGCACCGUUAAACUUCAUCGGCUUCGCGGUGGCGGUCCAGCCCACACUGGGUUCCUUGAUACCCGAGUGGCUCUUCACGGCCAGCUACUUCUUGGCCUACUUCAACAGCUGUCUGAACGCUGUGGUUUACGGGGCGAUGAACCAUAACUUUAGGAAAGAGUACAAGAGAAUCAUACUGACUCUGCUGCAGCUGGCUUACAGGGCGGAUGGAGACUAG